AUGGUUGUCAAUACUACUAUUGUUAAUCAUUCAUUCGAAUACACCUAUUAUUCAUAUAAUUGUAAAGUUACUAUUACUACUACCAGCAAAGAUGAUAAAUCAUUUGUAACAGGGUAUACAAUUGAAACACCAAGAUUGAUCAUUAGAAACAUUCAAAAUGAUCUAAAUGACAGAUCACUUCACAAUGCUCUAUUCAAGGACAGUGAAUCAAUUAAAAUGUUUGGUACUGGAUAUUUCAGUCAAGAACAAAUAGAUAAUAUGUUGGAUCUUUGGUACAAGAGAUUGGAUUCUGGUAUUCCUUAUUUAGGUUUAAUGGUUUUUGAAAAAUGUGACCAAGAAACAACAACAAAUCUGGACAGCGACUAUAAUAAAUAUGUUGGACAUACUGGAAUACCAUUAAAAGUUGAUACAUCGGCAUCGGAUGGUGAAUCAAUUUUAACAUUACCAAUGGCUCAACUAGAAUAUACAAUCUUGUUGAAUAAAAAGUUUUGGGGCAAGGGUUAUGGAUCAGAGAUAUUCGUUGCAGUGGUUCAUUGUUUGGGUCGUGCAUUCAUAUCAAUGGGAUUAGAUAUAAAGACAUCAAUCUAUGCAUCUGCAAGAGUUGAUAAUCCAGCAAGCUACAAGAUCUUGGAAAAGUUUGGAAUGAAAUUAUUUGGCACUAAACAUUUACAUGGAUUUACACGUAAUCAAUAUUUAUUAGAAUUGUCAAAUGAUGAUAGAAUAGAAUAG